CCUAAAUCGCAACAAAUCCAUUGCUGGGGACCCCGUUUUCUGGCGAGCGAGUCCAUCUGAACUCUCCAAUCGCUAAACCAGAAAAAGCACUUGACAAAAAUUGAGAUUGAGAGCUUGAUCUGAGAAUUUUUCAGUGUGAAAUUUUAGUAAAAAAAUGGGGUCGGAGUUGAUAUUUAGAGGCCAUGAUGAGCCACAGCAUAUAACUGAUGCCUACUCGCCCAAGCCACCCAAGCGAUGGCUCUCGGUGACUCGUCCGAUUCGCUACAUGCUUCGUGAGCAGCGACUCGUCUUUGUCCUCGUUGGCAUUGCUAUCGCCACUCUUUUCUUCACCGUUCUCCCUUCCUCCUCUAGGACAUCGUAUGUGCCUCACAGCAAAUACGACCCGAUCCCUGACUCGCUUGCUCACUUCUCUCUCGAUUCAGUACCGGCAAGAUACAAAUUAUUUCAGCCUCACACGGCCGGAGGGAAGAUUCCGUUGGGACUAAAACGGAAGGGGUUGAGAAUCGUGGUUACGGGUGGGGCUGGGUUUGUUGGUUCGCAUUUGGUAGAUCGUCUGAUCGAAAGAGGUGACAGUGUGAUCGUUGUCGACAAUUUCUUCACCGGAAGAAAAGAGAACGUGAUGCACCAUUUCAAAAACCCGAGAUUCGAGUUAAUACGACACGACGUCGUGGAGCCCCUGUUGCUGGAGGUUGACCAGAUCUACCAUCUUGCUUGCCCUGCAUCGCCUGUGCAUUACAAGCAUAACCCGGUCAAGACCAUAAAGACAAAUGUUGUAGGGACAUUAAAUAUGCUAGGGUUGGCCAAGAGAGUCGGUGCAAGGUUCUUGCUCACCAGCACCAGCGAGGUAUACGGUGAUCCUCUCCAGCACCCGCAGGUCGAGACUUACUGGGGCAACGUCAAUCCCAUAGGUGUCCGAAGUUGUUACGACGAGGGAAAGAGGACUGCCGAGACAUUGACAAUGGAUUACCACAGAGGAGCAGGCGUUGAGGUCAGGAUUGCUAGAAUUUUCAAUACCUAUGGGCCCCGUAUGUGCAUUGACGACGGCCGUGUCGUUAGUAAUUUUGUUGCUCAGGCCUUAAGGAAGGAGCCUUUGACCGUAUAUGGUGAUGGGAAACAGACAAGGAGUUUCCAAUAUGUUUCUGAUUUGGUUGAGGGUCUGAUGCGCCUUAUGGAAGGGGAACAUGUGGGGCCUUUCAAUCUUGGUAAUCCUGGUGAAUUCACUAUGCUUGAGCUUGCUCAGGUUGUACAAGAAACUAUUGACCCAAAUGCAAAGAUAGAGUUCAAGCCUAACACAGAAGAUGACCCACACAAGAGGAAGCCUGAUAUUACUAAAGCAAAAGAGCUUCUUGGUUGGGAGCCCAAGAUAUCCCUUCGGAAGGGUCUCCCUUUAAUGGUCUCAGAUUUCCAGCAACGCAUCUUUGGUGACCACAAAGAAGACAGCACCACCAGCACUGUGUCAACAGCUUAAGUUGGCCUCCUUUUUUUUUUUUUUUCCUUUGGGCAGAAGAAGCAGAAAUAUAAUUAUUUGGUAGAUAACCAAUUUGUCUUCGCCUGUAUGACAACUAUACAAGUACUACCGUGGCAACAGCAGUAGCAGCAAAUGGGGCUCCUUUUUCCAUGAGGAAUGUAUCUUGAGGUGUUCCGUUGGGUUUUGAUUCAGUCAGCUCCAUAAUCUCCAUGUCUUUAUUUUUGAUUGUAUUUUCUAUUCUAAGGAUAAUAGACAGCAAGUCUUACAAUUAAAAUUACUUUUUAACUCUAAGCAUUAGAAAUGGCUGCCUGCCUGCCUCUAUUUCAUUGUAUUUGUUUUGUUACAUAUACAAUCGUAUCUUCGUACAUUAGCAUU